ACUCUAAGGGGCACUCAGUAAAUGAAAAAGAAGCCGAGACAGCAUCUUGCCGCUGGCUCAACUGGCAUCAGGACCUCAGACGCCACAUGGAGACGUCCAAAGCAGCCUUGCUGCUGGCAGCGAUUGUCUGCACUACCGUGAGUGGUAGCGAUAUCAUGGAAAGCUAUGCCAAAACUGGGGGUGCCUGGCUAACUGCAAUCAACAAGCGAAUGUAUUCCACCAACACAGUGGAGGAGUGUGCAGCCAAAUGUGACGUCGAGACCAGUUUCACAUGCAGAUCCUUCAUGUACGUGGAGAAGGAUCAGGAAUGUUGGACAGCGGGGGCAAACUCCAAAACAGAGACAGUGUUGCGCAGAUCCAGCGCCACUUUAUAUGAAAAACAAGAUUACCUCCUCGAAUGUGUGAACGGGAUCGGAAAGGACUACAGAGGAACAAAGUCCAGAACAAAGUCCGGAAAAACGUGUCAGCGAUGGGACGCCAAAUUCCCGCACAAGCCCAACUUGACGCCCGAGAACAAACCCAAGGCAGAUCUGGAGUCCAACUUCUGCAGAAACCCCGAUGACGACGCAGGGGGUCCCUGGUGUUACACCACCGACCCCGAUACCCGUUGGGAGCACUGCAACGUUCCGAGCUGCACGGCAGAGGACUGCAUCCACUGCAAUGGCGAGGACUACCGAGGUAAGGUCUCCAUCACGGAGAGUGGCGUAGCCUGCCAGCGCUGGGACUCGCAGGAACCUCACAACCAUGGAUACAACCCGAACGCGCUCCCGCAGAAGUACCUGGACAACAACUAUUGCAGGAACCCAGACGGAGACCCUAAGCCAUGGUGCUUCACUACCAACCCCAACAAGAGAUGGGAGUUUUGCUCCAUCCCUCGCUGCACAUCAGAAAGUCCCACCGUGGCCCCAGAGAUCACCUGCGCCACGGGCGAGGGCAGCACUUACCGGGGAACCAUCGCCGUGACCGAGUCUGGCAAAACCUGUCAGAACUGGUCCACCCAGUCACCUCAUCAGCACAACCGCUCGCCUGAAAACUACCCCUGCAAAGGUCUGGACAACAACUUCUGCCGAAACCCCGAUAACGAGAGGAAGCCGUGGUGCUACACCACUGACCCCGAGACCCGCUGGGAGUACUGUCGUGUACCCACGUGUGGGGACGCACCUGGACCAGACGAGCCGGUCAUUCCCACGGAGGAGGAUGACUGCUACGACGGCGAUGGGUCCAGUUAUCGUGGGGUGACCUCUGAGACCAUCAGUGGGAAAAGAUGUCAGGCCUGGGCCUCUAUGAGUCCACACAGGCAUGGCAAGACUCCGCAGCAGUACCCUACUGCGGACCUCAGGAGGAACAUGUGCAGAAACCCUGACGGAGACCGAGCUCCCUGGUGUUACACCACUGACCCCAGAGUGCGCUGGGAAUACUGUAACUUGGAGAAAUGUUCCAGCCGUCCCGUCGAAAGUAUGCCCACCACUGAACCCACCACACCCUCCUCGCAGGAUCCGAUCCAGAGAGACUGCAAGGUUGGGAAUGGCGCCAACUACCGCGGCUCGACUUCUAUCACCAUCAUGGGCGUGACUUGUCAAGCUUGGAGUGCUCAAAGGCCACACCAACACAACAGUUUCACACCGGAUAGUCACCCCGACAAGGGCCUGGAUGGCAACAGCUGCAGAAACCCGGACAACGAUGUGAACGGACCCUGGUGCUACACAACAGACCGCAACACGAAAUGGGAUUACUGUCAGAUCCCUGACUGCGCGGGCGUAACUUGCGGCACACCCGCGACCAAACCCAAACGCUGCUACGGUCGCAUCGUGGGCGGCUGUGUAAGCAAAGCACAUUCAUGGCCUUGGCAGAUCAGCCUUCGUACCAGUUCAGGAAUUCACUUCUGUGGGGGAACUCUGAUCGACCCUCAGUGGGUGCUGACAGCCGCACACUGCCUGGAGAGGUCAAAGCGACCAUCGUCCUACAUGGUUAUUCUGGGCUCGCACAGGGAGCGAACCCUGGAGACAUCCGCCCAGCGGAGGGCAUUGGAGAAGUUGGUGUUGGGACCCAAUGGGGCUGACAUUGCACUGCUAAAACUGCAAAGGCCUGCAGUUAUUAACGAUAAAGUCCUGCCAGCUUGUUUGCCGGAGAAGGAUUACGUGGUUCCCAGUGGAACUGAAUGCUAUGUCACUGGAUGGGGAGAAACUCAAGGCACAGGUGGCGAGGGUGUCCUAAAGGAAACGGGUUUCCCGGUUAUUGAGAACAAGAUCUGCAACCGCCCAUCGUACUUGAACGGCCGAGUGAAAGAUCACGAGAUGUGCGCCGGGAACAUCGACGGUGGCACAGAUAGUUGUCAGGGCGACAGCGGGGGUCCACUAGUGUGUAACGCGCACAACAAGUUCAUCCUGCAGGGCGUCACGUCUUGGGGUUUGGGCUGCGCCAACGCCAUGAAGCCCGGUGUCUAUGCACGAGUUUCUAAAUUUGUGGACUGGAUUGAUCGAACCAUCAAAGCCAAUUGAAGUCGGCGGGAUGUCAGCGUUGUAAAGGGGAAACAGAGUCAGCCUCAUGGCAAAAUAGUUUCUACAUGACUGGAAUAAACACUGGGGAUACGCA